UCACCGUUCUCCGCCACUUCUGCGACUUCUAGCGCGCUUGGGAAUGAAGCAUGUCAGUUCUGUCUCAUCAUGUCAACACCAAAGAGAAGGGGAAGGCGAUAAAGUCAACCACGUACUUCAGGAGCGGAAUUUUCGGCAUUGCCUACCGGAGAAGGCCACACCUUAUCCAGCCUGUCUCCGAACAGCAACCCAGAAGGAACGGAUCGGUGUUGUGGACGGGUCGCAGGCAUCGGGGUUCCUCUUCUACACUCGGCUUGGCCUCUCAGUCACAGAGCAAGCUGGUUUACCAAAAGACAAGGGCGCGAACCGGGAUGAGACGUUCUGGAGGCUGACGCCAUCGAGUCCCGGAGCGGGGUCUCUGCACAGUGUGGCUAGCAUAGAUACAGUCGCCUCGACAGAAAACGGUAUCAUCAAACCAGAGAAGUGGUGGAGCACAACCCUCCAGGUGGCUGUGCCGUUCUUCCUUGCCGGCAUCGGCACAAUAGGGGCUGGACUUACUCUGGGCGUCGUUCAAAACUGGGCUGUGUUCAGGGAUGUCACUUCCCUACUCAUCCUGGUACCUCCAUUGCUGGGGUUGAAAGGCAACUUGGAUAUGUGCCUUGCGUCACGUCUUUCAACCCAAGCCAAUAUGGGCAAGAUGGAUUCAUGGCGAGAAAUCUGGAAGAUGAUUGUCGGCAAUGUUGCCGUGGUACAGGUACAAGCCAUUGUGGCUGCACUUCUGGUAUCACUAUUUGCUGUUUCCAUGAAUGCCAUCAUAGAUGGUUGGUUCAAUCUGAACCAUGCUUUACUUCUCAGUGCUGCCAGCAUCACUACUGCUACCAGUUCAUGUUUUAUACUUGAUUUGGUGAUGAUUGGUGUGAUUGUGGUUACUCACCGUCUCCAUAUGAACCCUGACAACUUAGCAACUCCUGUGGCCGCCAGCAUUGGUGAUGUGGUUUCUAUCAGUUUGCUUGCUCAGAUAGCAUCAGCAUUCUUCCACAUUCAUGAUACUGCAUACUGGAUUUUAUUAGUACUGAUUGUGAUUUAUCUGCUGCUUCUCCCAUUUUGGAUUUAUAUAGUUCUAAACAAUGAGUACACACGGCCAGUCCUAACAUCAGGAUGGGUUCCUGUCUUGUCAGCAUUGAUCAUAAGUGGACUGGGUGGUCUCGUGUUGGACAAUGUCGUUGACUUGUACAGUUCUUUCGUUGUGUUCCAACCAAUUAUCAAUGGCAUUGGAGGGAACUUGGUGUCAAUCCAAUCCAGUCGCAUCUCCACCAUGUUACACCAGUCCUCUCUACAAGGCAUUAUUCCACCCCAUACAAGGAUGUGUGCCACACCAUGGGCAGCUCUAUUUAAAGGACUGCCACAUGCAAGUACAGCAAGGAUUCUGAUCAGUAUGAACCUUACUGGACAAGUAAUGUUUCUCUUCGUUGCUGACUAUAUCCACUGGGGACAGUCAACUGUAACAGCUGCUUUUGCCUUAUCCUAUCUCACAGUCAGUUUGCUGCAGGUGAUGAUUCUCCUGUAUACUGCUCAUCUCCUCAUUCACUUGAUGUGGAAAUGGAAGGUGGAUCCAGACAAUUCAGCCAUCCCAUUCCUCACAGCCCUUGGUGAUGUGCUGGGAUCCAGUCUGCUUGCAUUGGCAUUCUUUUUCCUUGACGCUCUUCACCUUCCAUACAGCAAUUAGA